UCACGAUUCAUUCUCACGAUUCACGCCUUCCUUCUCACGAUUCACGCCUUCCUUCUCACGAUUCAUUCCUAAUUUCAUUCUUAGGUUUUCUCUCCACACAAUCAACACAAUCAGCUCCCCAUGAAACUUGUUUGAAUAUGAUCGAUACGCCACUUAGUCCCAUGAAAGUUGUGACUAAUUUGCAGGAAGCUGUUUGGGAUGCUGAUAUUGUUCUUAAACUCGAUCAUCUUGUUUCCUACUCCUGGUGGGUCAUUUUCUUCCCGCUUUUCCUAUUUCAUGCUGUUGUUGCCAGAGGAAGAUUCUCAUUACCUGCACCAUCAGUUCCCCAUGGCCGUGAUUGGGCACCAUGGCAUGCAGUUGUUGCCACACCUUUGCUUCCUCUGUUGGCAUUUGAAGUAACCAUUCUUGUUGACAAUUUCAGAAUGUGCAAGGCCUUAUUACCUGGAGAUGAUGAAAGUGUGAGUGAUGAUGCAAUAUGGGAGACACUUCCUCAUUUCUGGGUUGCUAUAUCCAUGGUUUUCUUCAUUGCUGCCACUGUCUUCACCCUCCUGAAGUUAUGUGGUGUACCAUGA